ACUUAUUUUUGGUCAUUGACUCAUUGUACUUUCUCUUUUUGAGUUGACAAGUAUCGCAGCUCCCUAACUUUUGUAGUUGAAUUGUAUGCAUUCCACUCAUUAACUGGUGCUGCAGAAGUGUCCUGAUAUAGAGUUGUAAUAUUGGUGAAAAUUGGAUUUGAUUGAAACCAAAGAAUGUGGCUUGUGUGGGCAGCACUUUGUGUGUUGUUAACAGCCACUUCUGUGGCUCUCCAGGAACAUGGGGACCAUCUACCUGAAAUGCCUUCAUUGGAUGAAUUGACCAAUGAGCUGGGAGACUUUAAACUGGAAACCUUGGGGGACCUGGAUGCUUACAGUGAGGCAAUCCAAAGAUUAGCCAGAUUACAUAUAUCAAAGGCUUUUUCUGCAGAAAUUAGAAGGUACAAAAGAGAAAUUGACACCAAAUCUGCCAAUGUUACUGCUCUGGAAACUUUGCAAUUCAACUUGACUGAAAAGGAUGGUUCUGGCUGGAUCCACAGAGUUACUGGUUUUGAAGUUCUGGCUCAUGAAGGGAGGAUUUGCUUAAUCACUUGUGGUCCCGUGAGUGACAAUGUAGCUGUGAUGACCAUCAACCCAUAUGAUGGUGGCUUCGGCACAGUUGCCAAGUUUAGACUGUCUGGGGUUGCCUUUGAUAAAAUUGAUAUAGUUACUGCUGCAGUUGAUCAUGAAUUGUUGUGGAUUGCUCUUGGAUCCUCCGAUUCGAGGCUGGUAGCAAUUGUCUGCGUUAACUUUUUAACUGGUGAAGUCAGACAGCCACAGAAUAUUCCCCUCAGAGGAGUUCUUGGAGCUCUUCACAUGUUUCAGGCUGCUGAUACUGUUUAUUUGGUCGUUGGUGAACGAUAUCGUUCAUCACCUUCAGAUUCUGUUGGGACGACAGAAAUAUAUAUGUUGAUGGGGCGUUACUUUGAUCGCCGUGACCGCUUUACAAUGGAGUGCACUGGUGUUCAUUCAAUAACUGGAUUUGCCGAAGGUGGAGACUAUAUUAUAAUUAUUGGAAUGAACAAUGUUAAAGGAACACACAUUUAUGAACUAGACCCCAUAGCAGACACACUAACAUUAGUACAGCAGCUCACUGAGACUAGAGUUCUUCAAGUGGUAACUUACGUGGAUGCGCAUGACUUGAAGAAUUACGUCAUUGUUAGGAGUGAUGGCAGUCGAGCAACGAUCUACUGGUGGGAUAACUCGCAGUUAGUUGAAUGGCAGGUGCUGCAUACUGGUUUGCUGUCUCCACUGGCUUCAGUUGGUUUCAUCACUCUGAAGAAUCUUGAAACUGUUAUAUUUGUUGCAGACAGGGGUGUCAUUACUGUGUAUGCUGAUGACUUCACAGGCCAUUACUUUGAAAUUCUCUCUGUGGUUACUAGUUGCUCAUCUAUUUUAAGUAUUCGUGGAAUAGUAACGGAUCAAACUUACUACAUCUACUAUAUCUGUGUCAGUGAUGUGAAUAGACUUGAAAGGAGAAUACUGACUUUUCGCGAAGUGGAUUUUGGAACUACAGAAGGACAAGGCGAUACAUUACUUGAAUGUCUUCGUGACUUGAACAGAACUUUGGAGGGAAGGCAACAAAGCAUUUCUUAUCUAGAAGACAUAGUUGUUAAUGAUAGGCUAAUGACUGUAGAUCAUGAUCAGGUUUGGAGUGGACCCAUUGUCUUUACAGAGCUAACUGUGACAGGUACUGCAGAAUUUACGAAUAUAGUGAAUAUAGUAAAUAUUAAUCAACCAGACUCUUCAAAUCGGUCUCUAGCAGAGAUAGAAGCAGUCACUAACAACUUGGAGACUGAGAUUGCAGAUCUGCAAGGUCCUCUGUCAAUGGUAUUAGACUUCAGUGGCAAUCAAACUGUGAAUGGGCCCAUAAAUGCUUCAACACUGGUCACUGAUAAUUUAGAGAUGGACUACAUACAAAUUGGCAGUAUAAAUGGAGUAGAUUUAAGGGCAUUUACAUCGACGUUCUUGAUGGAUGGCAUUAAUCAAACCGUUACUGGAAGGUGGAAGGUUGGGUAUUUAUCGGCAGAUAGACUGAAAACUAGAUUGCAGGAUCCACCUGGACGCAUUAAUGGAUUUCUGACUUCGGAACUUAUGCGACGAAGUUUCCCAAACCAAGUUGUUACUGGAAAUCAUUCGUACAACACAGUUGUUGUUGGCGAGAUCUGUAAUAAUCUUUGCAAUGGAUUCUCUGUGGACAUAAAUGGCAUAGACACUUCAACCAUUGUUACCCAGGGAUCUGAUGUCACUUUCGUUGACAAGAAAAUUUUCACAAACCUUAAAGUAACUGGUGAACUGUCUGCUGAUCUCAUCAAUGGGGUUAACAUCAGGGAGUUGGCUUCCAAAGUAAUUUUCAAGAAUAACCCUGGUCUUCAAACCCUUGAUGGGCAGUACACUUUUGACAGAGUUGAAGUUCGAGGUAAUGUAGAUGCAGCAACAAUAAAUGGAGUGGAUUUCAGGCGGCUUGAUGACAGUGCUGUGAAGACAACAGGCGACUAUACUAUCGCUGGUGAUUUGAUCUAUAACUCUGAUUUAACUAUCAGUGGUUCAUUGAUUUCUGAUACAAUCAAUGGAAUUCUGUGGUCAGAUGUGGUGGAUUUGAACUCUCCAACUCCAAUCACUGGAAUGUAUUUCUUUAAAGAUGCCACCAUCCUUGGUUCACUGAUAUCUAAUGAUAUAAAUGGGUUGGAUUUCAGCCAGGAUGUAGCAUUGCUCGACAAGGAGCAGACUAUUAACGGACGAAUUACAUUUACCCAGUCUGUUGAGGUGACUGGCCCGAAUGGAGUUCUUAUGGAAAAUGGAGGGACUGUGAAUGGAAUAGACCCCUCAGCACUGGGUCUGGGGCAAACUAACCUGAAAAAAAUUGUUAUACCUGGAAGUGUUUCUUUUACACGACCGCUAAAUAUUACAGGUGACAUAAAUGUCAAGAGUAUCAAUGGCUUAAUAUUGGAUGGUAUUGAGAAUAGAUACUGGAGCAAGUCUAAAGAUCAAGUUAUAUCAAAUCCAGUACAUAUCAGUAAUGCAAUAUUCAAUGGGCCACUUUCUGCAUCAACGCUGAAUGGUCGCAGUUUGUCAGACUAUCUACACAACUUUGGAAAUGAAGUAAUCACUGGGAGCUAUACAUUCCAGGGUAAUGUUGAAGUGCAAGGAAACAUAGUAUUAGAUCCAGGCAAGACUGUUGAUGGCAUAGAUGUUUCAGAAUUUGCAAAGAAAGUAGUUACUCUUACUGGUCAGCAGACUAUAACCGGACAGAAAACUUUCUCAGGGAAGGUAACCAUUAUUGGAGACCUUGAUCUUGGUGGAAAAUUGAAUGGAAUUGAUAUCACAAAAGACCUGUUGAGACUAGAUCAGACUAUACCUCAUAAAGGUCACUUGACCUUCUUGUCCAAGACUACCAUAACAGAACUGGAAAUGAAUGGGGACCUGACUGUGAAAACUUUGAAUGGCCUUGAUGUAGCAGCAGCAGCAGCGGAUUUAGUGCUGUUCGAUGAAGAUGCAAUUAUAACUGGCGGUGGCGGUUUGCAGUUUACAGGCCAGGUCAAUGUGAAAGAGUUGUAUGUGAGUGGAGAUGUGGAUGGCGUUAACAUUAAUGAGCUACAAUCAAGAGUCCUGUUGAAGAAUUCUGCAGUCCCUCAAGUUAUUGAUGGCAGAUUAUUGGUAGAUCGCAAUGUGGAAUUCUUAGGAGGAUUGACAUUGGAGACUGUAAAUGGAAAGAAUUGGACAGAGCAUCUCAAUAAUGUUGUGACCUUGGAUUACAGUGGUUUGAUCAGUGGACGCAAGAUCUUUACACAAGGUGUUGAUAUAGUGGGAGACUUUAAUCCUUCUACAAUCAAUGGGAUUAAUAUUGAUCUUCUAGCCUCUAGAAUUUUCACACGCUCUGGAGAGCAAAUUAUAAGUGCCUAUUACACAUUCAACCAAGAUGUGAAUGCUAAGGCUUUAUUUGCACCUGUCAUUGAUGGAGUUGAUAUGGCUUCUAUUCUUCUUGUUGAUAUGGUGGGAAAUGUGUCUGGUACAGUGACUUUUACGCAAGAUGUAAAUCUCUUGGAUGGUCUGGUGUCUGAUCAUUAUGUUCUUGAUGGAUGCAAUCUUAAAGAGCUUCAGAGUGGUGCCAUUAUUACUGACAAAGAUAAGGUGGAGAUAGGGAGUGAUGUAACAGUGGGUAGGUUGGUAAUUAAAGGCAGUGCCAAUUCUGCAGCUGGUAUCUUUGCUGGUGCUCAAGACUUCAAUAACUUUAUGGACAAAUUGGUAUUAAAAUCAUCAAACCAGAUCAUAACUGCCCCAGUGCAGUUUGGCGAUGUAACAAUAGACAACUUGAGUGUGCAGUCAAUCAAUGGUAUUGACAUAAAUGAACUACUGAAACAAGCUGUUCGUAUGGAUGAAGAUAAUGUAAUUAACUGCGAUUUGAGAUUCACCAAUGGCCUGAGGAUUGGAAAGCUUAGGGUGAGGUUAUCAGUCUCUGGACGUAGUGGUGGCAAAGUGUUGGUCAAUGGUUUGGAUAUUUCAAAUAUAGCUGCCAGGGCAGUUCUUAAGACUGGUGGUACAGUCUUGAUUUCUGGAGUGAAGACUUUCUCAAAUGGUUUUAUUGUAGAUAAUCUUGUUGCAGGAUCAUUGGGAGGAGUUCCAGUAUCAAACUUGGUAGCCCUUUCAAGAACUGAUGUUUUGGCGAGAGACUUUAGAUUUACUGCCCCUAUCACGGUCCUUGGUGAUUUGCAGGUAACUGGCCUUGUAGAUGGAGUGGAUUUAGAGGACUUCAUACGAAAUCGAAUAACCUUGAACUCUUCCCAGACUAUGUUUACUUCCUGUACUUUUGAGAACAUUAGGGUAGAAGGAGACCUAGAAAUUGGGAAAAUAAAUGAUGUUGUAAUAUCUGAUCUGGUAAUUAGAAGUGCUGCAAACCAAACUCUAACUGGAAAGAAAGAGUUCUUGGGUGGAUUGCAUGUGAAUGGAAACAUCAUUGUGAAAACUAUUAAUGGCAUAGAUAUUAAUGAAUUAAACCGAUCCAUAGUCAGAACUGAUAUUGAUAGUAUCAUCAAUUAUGAAGUGACAUUUACUUCAUUGGUAACUUCAACAGUGGAUGUGUUUGUUGAUGGUAAAGUAAAUGGUUUCGAUUUAUCACAACUGAAUACUAAUAACCUAUCGGAUCUGCUGAUUAGGCAGUAUUUGAGAAUUGAUGAAAUUCGCAGCCAGUUUGGCAGCAUUACUGUAGAAAACUAUGAAAGUGCUAGAGAAAUGUAUGCUGCACUGUCUUAUUUAGAACGGCUUAAGUUCUAUAAGGAUACAAAUGUCACUGGUUCAUUGUGGGUUGGACGUAUACCUGAAGUGGGUCCAGGCCUUUAUCUUAAAAUAACUAGUUGCCCAUCUGGAAGGCAAUGUGGCUGUAAUGCUGAGUGCUAUUAUUAUGAGGUCACUUCUAAUGCUGGUCUCAAACCUUAUGUUCAACUGGGCUACAAAGUUAACAUCCUUGGCCACGCACUGUCAACAAAUCUGUUCAUUGCUAUUUACUCAGGGUGUUUUGAAGGUGUACCAGGAGCACAAGUGAGGGUGGUGUAUGCAGAUGGCAGCAGUGGGUUUGUCCAGAGGCUCAGUUUGGGUUUAAUUGCAGAUUCUGGCCUUUUCGUUGUGGAUGGGAAAAGCUAUAUUGUCACAGUAUCUCAAUUUCUUGAUGAGAGUAACAAAGAGGAAAAGACUUCAAUUAAUGUAUUGACACCAGUAUUGGGAUCAAGAACCAUUGCUGUGGUUUGGAAUAAAACUACUACUCGCAGCGCAGCAGACUUGGAUUUGCUCCAGAUUGGCAGGAAGUGGUACCUGCUAGUGGCGAAUAACUAUGAUGCAGAAAAUCUUGUUGAUCCUUAUUCAGCGAAGUCUGAAUUGUAUGUCUGGAAUACUUACACAAGAGAGUUCUCUCUGAGAGGAGAAUACAUGGCAGAUCAUGCAACAUCUGGGAUGUUCAUAUCCAUAGCUAAACCUGUUCAAGAGUACUUUUUCUCCCUCACGCAGUAUAAAUCUGCAAAAUUCAGUGUUUAUGAUGAUGAUGUCGAGUAUGAUGCCAAUGUGUUGAUUUACAGAUACAACAGUGUUUCUGAAGAAUUUGAAGCCUUCCAGUGUCUAAAUGUUUAUGGAGUAAUGUCUCAAACAGUCCUAAGGGUUGAUAAUAACUAUUAUCUCUUGCUUGUAUCUACAAGUUCAAUAGCCUGUAUGUAUACCAGUAUUAUCAUUCAGAGGGAUUUGUGCUUCACAGCAAAUUAAGAGUAAACAGUCCUCAGUCUGUGGCAGUCUUGCAGGUUGAGAGUGGAAUGUAUGUUGCAGUUACCACUCCUACUGGAUUGGAAAGAUUUAAAGUAAAAACCAAAGGUUUGGAUCCAGAUAACUUGUCAUUUUACUAUGUAUAAAGCUUAUUUUUAAACAUUUUAAAGUGUGAAUACAAAUAUAAAACAUUGAAAAUUACAUAAAUGUACUAGUAUAAA